AAACUGCUGCCGAAAUGCGGAUUCUAUUGUGCAUCGGUUUCGUGAUCCUGUCAAGUAUUUCUCACCAUCGAUCCAAAACGUCCUACCACGAAGCUCGUUGCCAGUGCACAACAAGCGACAGCAGUGUCGUACGUGGCCAUGGAAUAGAGUUCAGCGGUUAUUCCGGGCAACAAGCAGCACUGAUCAAGUUUGCGACGUGGAGCUUUUCGUUGAUGACUUACGAAAUGUUAAUAAUGAUUCCGUGCAACCAGUCCUGCGAAGGGAAAGGAAAUUUGCCCGAUGGAUCGGUUUGUUAUGUUAUUUGCCAAAGCUGGAGUGGCCCAGCAAAGGCAGUCCCGGAGGAAACAUGCGAAUUGUGUGGGACAUGCCAAAAUGGCGAAUGUGUCCACAAAGACCCGUGUAAAAACAUCGGACGCUGAUGCAGCAGCAUGGUAUCAAGUACUCUGGUUCGGCGUAUACCUCAUCCUCACAUAGCACAUUUGUUGCGGCAAUCUGGUUUAUGUGUCACUUUUCCAAUAAAUAUGCACAUUUUCCCUGGG